AUGUCGGCCCACAAGGUACCCCAAUGGCCUCCUGAGCUCAAUUAUGGUCCAAACCCACCGCGACCCCGCACCGCCACAACCUCAGUGGCUCAGUUGGAUGCGACUCAUAACCAAGAAGCUACUAAAGAGGCUGUACCGCAAAAGAGGACAGCGGAGGAGCUACUUGAGCAAAAGCGGAGCAAGCUGCAAAAGCAGCAUGAGAACUUGAACGCAUACUUCAACGCGGAGAAAGAAGAAUACAAGCAAAUCAGCACAUUGUUGCAGCAAGAGAAACUCACGUCGUUCAACACCAUCAAGCACUUGGAGCAAGAGAAGGAUCAACUUCGAAGCGAGUUGGAUUCCAAGACCAAACUCACUACAUCUCUAGACACUGAUCUCCAACGGGUCAUGAAAGAUCUCAAGUCCUGGAAAGAAGAGUGCGAAACGAGAGAUGCGGAGAUGAAGGAGGCGAACGCCAAGAUGGAUCGACUUGAGGGUGACAACUACCAGCUCAAGCAAGACCUGGCGAAGAACAAGAAGGCACUUGAGGCGCGGAAGAGCUUCUGCGAUAAGAAAGAGGCGAUUAUUAGAGACAUGACGGACAACGCCAACAACUGUCGCCAAGUCCUGGCCGCGAAGGAGAAAGAAAUGCAGGAGAAGGAGAGCGACAAAGUGCAUCUCAAAGAGAGACUCCGAAACAGCGAUCUGGCUCUGGAAAGCAGAAACAAGGAAAUCCGCCAGAAGAACGAGGAGAUUGCGGGCUUAAGCGCAAUUAGAGACAGCAUUCUGAAGGUCGCAGCAGAGGCCCAGAAGACGACAGCAGGGCGAGCAGAGAAGUCCGCACCAGCACUUCCUCCUGCACGAACGGUCACUUUACCAUCAACUCGUGCCGCUAAUUCUGCUCACAGCCGCAAGUGA